CGUUUCAAGUACAUACGAUAUUUUAAGGUCAUUCCUGAUUGAGUACACGAUGGUUAAUAUAAAGGAAACUUGUAAAACCAAAGCGAGAGGCUUCGUGACUGAUCCCAAGCAACUUGUUCGUUACGUCGUGCUCUUAAUUUGUUGUGUUGUUGUUAUAUUCCAGCUUUCAGAAUGUUUCACAAAACUAUACCGACCCCCUAUCACUACACACUCCCAUUUCGAUUUGAAUGAGUCGGUUUCGUAUCCAGCAAUAACAUUUUGCCGCGAUCCACCGUACAAGGAAGACGUGCUCAGGUCAUAUAAUCUCUCGUAUCAUCCGAGAUUUUCAAAUUCCUGGCGAAAUUUCGAUUUUAAUUCAGUUGAUCUCGACGAUCUAUUCGAAAAUGCAACUUAUGGGAAAAGUGAAUUUUUCGGUCAAUAUGGUUUGGAUGGAUUGGCAGACAAUGUUGCCAUCGUCAGCGGCAUUUAUUUCAACUUUGGACAGUGUCACACUAUGACUCCAAAAGUUACCACAAGACGAUCCUGGAAGAAUCACGGAUAUUCGCUGAUUCUGACCCAUACAAUGGAAGCAACGGAAGAAACAACCGGCGAAAACGUUCCUGGAUGGCAUGUUUUCAUUCAUGAGCCGAAAGAAAAUUUUACAGAAACCAAUAUGGAAACGUCUGGUCGAGUUGAGUACAUGUACAUCAAAAGUGGCGAAGAGGUGGAGGUCAAGAUAACAGCCAGCCACUUCAAUAUGAAGUCUGGCCGAGACCGAUCGUGCACAGAUGAUAUUCAUCAUAGUGCAAUUAGAUGUGCUGACAUUUGCCAGUGGACUAAAAUUACGGAACCAAUUGGAUGUUCAGGACCGUGGAUGGCAGCUGUUGACUUGCCGUAUUGCAAUAAUUUUACCGAUAUGAGAUCGUUACUAACCAGUUAUCAAACAUUGGCGGAUAUAAACAUAUCGGAAUGUGGGUGUGCCGAUCCAUGCAAAUCAGUUAUAUAUUCCGCAUAUGUAAUGAACCGGGGCAAAUUUGAAAAACAAGCAGUUCCGAGUUCUCAGGUCUGGCUGUAUUACACAUCAAAGAUGGUUACGGUAUUUGAGGAACGUCCGAACUACGAUCUAGCACAGUUUGUUGCUGAUAUGGGCGGUUCACUGGGAUUUCUAUUGGGAUUGUCUGUGCUUGGAUUGAUCAAAAUUUUGGAAAAGAUUGUCAGUCUAAUAUUUGGAAAUUAUAUCAAAAAGCACCAGGAAAAGGCGGAACAGGCCAAAUUAGAUAAAAAACAGCAGUCUACCAAAAAAGAGUGUGAUUUAAGUAGUACUAGUACACUCGAGCUACCAGCCAAAUUAUUGCCAAAUAAACACAAUAUUUAGGUUACACCGUCAUAAUAUCCCAAUUCGAGUCAAUUUAAAUUCGUUUACAUGCUAGUGUGUGGUAAAAUGCUCUUUACUUCACUGUUUGUAGCUGUGGAAAUGCACUUAUUUCACUCUAGAAUGUAAAAGAAUGUACGUAAUUGCUUUUAAAUGAUUGUUUUGUAUUGUGUGAAUACUACACUCGCCCUCGGCUUGUUCCGCAACCCUCACACAUGCCAAAACAACAAAAUUUACAAGUAGAUACGUAAUAUACUAUUUCUAAUCGAAACCAUCAUUUACUGUUGGUGCAUAGAGAUUUAUUGUAAUCCAUAUUUCUUACCUGUGUGUACCCCGUAUACUAUCCACACAAUAUAUUACGUUGAACAAAAAAAAAAUUAGAUUCCUGUUUAUAUUCCAUAUCGUAGCGAUAAAUUUUAACGUUUAUAAGAG